ACAUCUUCAAGCAUUUUUUUGUUUGGUAGCUACUCUUGUAUCACUACAACAACAAAAUGCCGGUUGAAAAGACUCUCGAGGCUGUCAAGAGGGAGCACCUCAUUGGCAUGCAGCCGAAUGCUGCGCUCGACGUGGUGUCCAAAAUGCGGCAUGGCGAGAUGCCUGCCAACUCGGAGCUGCGCAAGGUUAUCGAACGCACCGAACAGACGCUCGAGCAGCGCAAGCACGAUCCGAGAACAACUCGCCGAAGCAGCGAAUUUAUUGCGCAUGCUGAGCAGUUCCUGCACGCCGCCGAGCAAGUUCUGCAGCAACGCAACCAGGACGAGCAUCUGCAGCAUGUUUUCAAUGCCGAACAAGGCGCCCUCGGAGUGCGCGGUAUCAACGCCCCGGUGAUGAAGGAUGCCUUCACUUCAACGCUCCGCUCUAUGGGCAGCACCAUUACCAUGAUGGCACGCUCGAACGAGUUCCGCUCCAACAUCCUCGAGCUCGUCGAAAUCAUGGACAACAUCUUUACUUUCUCCAGCAUGACUGCGGCGGAAGGCACUGUCAAACAAAAGACGAAGGCUGUGCUGCACAAUGCGGCGGAGCGACUCGACCCUGAUUCGACAUCGUACGAAUCUGACGAGCAGAUUCGGACCCUGUUUGAGCGCCUGUCCAACGUGAUGCAAGUCAUGGCCAACAACAAGCACUACAAGCAGUCUAUCAAUGCGCUGUUUGCCAUGGUGGAUGCCAUCCAAGAGAACGCCAUGAGCCCCCGCGAGGAGAACAUCACUCGCGAUCAGGAGCGUCUGCGCGAGGAGGCCAAGCUCGCUGUGCAGAGCUUCACCGGCAACCACUCUGUGGAUCCGUUCCUGAGUUCGGCACGCACGGUCAUUCGCCGCGUUUCCCGCGACAUUUACAUGCGCGAGCUCUUCCACGAUCUUCGCGGCUGGCUCGAGGAUGUGCUCAACCUGCCUGUUCUGCUCCAGCGCAAAGAGUACAUUCGCUCGGGUCAGGAGCUUCUGCAGCGCGCCAAGGCGCACUCUCGCGACUACGAGUACGAUCGCGACUACCAGAAGCUCAGCAGGGAGACCCACAUUCUGCUCGACGAAAUUCGCCACGACGAAAUCUUCACCAGCUUGCGCGAGAGCGGCGACCAGCUCCUGUCUGAUUUUACGACCGAGACGGGCGACCACCAGCGCACGCUCAACUUUGCCGCGCUUUCUGAAAUGAAGGACAUUAUUGCGCCCGUCGUCAUCGACCAGCUCGAGCAUGUCCCUGUGCCGCGCAUUGAGGGUUGCGACGAGACGUACGACUAUGUCAUUGACAACAUUAUCUUCUCGGCGCGUGACGUUCUGCCCAGCAAUAUUUCCAUCGAAACCAAGACCACCAGCAAGAUUGGCAUCGACGGUCCCGACAAGGGCACGCGCGCAGUCGUCAAGAUGACGGUGAAGCAAAUCACCACGCACAUCCCGAACGUCAAGUUCUUCUUCAAGCGCAAGGCCUUCCCUCGCCUCACGGACGAAGGCACCGUGGAUGUGGACAUUAAGGGCAGGGGCGCGUCCCUCAAGAUCUGGCUGUACAUGGACGAGCUCUCUCCCACUCCACAGUUCUCGCACCACUCGGUGCAGUUCAUCUUGCACGGCUUUGACCUGCACUUCCGCCGCGACACAAAGCAUACCUUCCUGCUGAACAUGGGCACCAAGAUCUUCCGCGCUCCGCUCGAGAAGAGGAUUGAGGCCGCUGCCACCAUGAAGGUUGAGCACAUUAUGGACUUUUUGUCCCAGCGCCUCAACAUGUAUCUCGCCAGGGCCAGCAGGGAGUCGCGCAACGCUCUCAAGAACACGUCGAUUGGUGGGCCCAUUUCGGCCGCCCUGUCUCUCAGCCCUCUCCCCGUGGGCAUGAAAGCGGCUCAAGGCCAGCGGGCGCCUGUGGUUGCGGCGACAGCGGUGUCGGACAAGACCAGCGUGGGCAGCACACACAAGACGCUCGAGCAGCUCGGCUACCAAGCCGGUACUCCCGGCGGCGCUGCGGUCAGCCUCGAGGAGAUCUGGCAGAACAAGCUGCUUGUCCUCAAGCGCAUGGGCUACAAGGCGGGUAGCCCCGGCGGCUUUGCCGUGCCGCUUGACGGCGACAUGUACAAGUGGGUGCCACAACGCGCAAUGCGAGCCGGCUCCAAUCUGCAACUGAACAAGCCGCUGUCUGCUCAGUCUGACAACGUGUUCAAGAACAUGGGAUACAAGGCCGGCACACCUGGUGGCUUUGCAGUUCCGCUUGAGGGCGACAUGUACAAGUGGUCGAGCGGUUCCACCAAGGGACUCGGUGCGGCUGCUGGCAUUGGUGCUGGUGCUGCUGCUGCUGCUGCCGGAAUUGGCGCAGGCGGUGGCAUUGCCGCAGGCUCCAAAGGACGCUCGUCCGACACGGAUGCCAUCCUGAAGCGCAUGGGCUACAAGAUUGGCACUCCUGGAGGCGCCGCCGUGCCGAUCGAAGGUGCCAUGGACAAGCAGUCCAUGGGCGAGAAGGCCUCUUCUCCGACGGAUGCCAUGUUCAAACGCAUGGGCUACAAGAUUGGCACGCCUGGCGGUGCUGCCGUCCCGAUCGAGGAAGGCGCGGACUUGAAGGGUGGCGACCAAAAGAUGCAGUCGCAGUCGUUCUUGUCGCCCGAGUCCGCCGCGAUCUUUGAGCGCAUGGGCUACCAAGCUGGCACUCCCGGAGGUGCGGCACUUCCCAUCAGCGGAGACCAGUACAAGUUUUCGAAGAGCAGCAAGACCGAGACGAAGGAGUCCAAGAAGAGCGGCUUGCAACGCUUUGCAUUUGGCAUCAACGCUCCCGAUCACCCUUCGCUCAAGCGCAUGGGCUACAACCUUGGCUCUCCCGGUGGCGCCGCCUCGCCGCGUGAGGGCGACUUGUACCAGUACUCGCCUCCCGGAGACGACGUGAGCAUCGAAAGCAGCACUCCGAUGCAGCAGUAUGUCUUUGGCAGCACGCCCCAACACGACCCGUCCCUCCGCAAGGAGGAUCAGGUGCUCGGCAUGUCCCAAGCGCCCUCUACUCUGAAGAAGGAUGACAAGGCGAGCACUCACCUUGCGGCCCGCGACUGGCAGGGUGACAAGGAGCCCUCGGACGACUUUUUCAAGUCGGGCUUCCAGUCCAGCAAGCAGGAGUGGACCCCGCUCCCUGGCGGCGGCGUCUCGGCUUCGCGAGGCCCAGACCCGUUGAAGUCACCUACUCAGCGCACUCAGUAAAAGGUGAAUCGUUUGUGAAGGGGAGACUUUUUUUUUAUUUUAUUUCUUGCCAUGCGUACUUGUGUUGGUGAUUUCGUGUUUUGCCUUGGGAGAGACCCUCCGCCUUGUUUUGGUCGUUUGUGUAUUUCUUGCUCAACACCACCUUUAUCGGGUGCUGUUUCGAGCUUGUCUGUGUGUUCCUUGUUUCUUCCUUCCCCCUUGACCUGUGCUUGUGUAAACCCCGCAUGCCAAAAAGUGUACAGAAACUGUCGACCUGGUUCAACUGAACAAAGGUCAAAGUUGAGACGAAAUAAAUAGAGGAUGCCUUGUUG